UGCUCAUUUUGAAGUUCACUACUACUUCUGCUCAUCUCUGAGUCUGAGGACUCUGACCAAAUUUCUAAGUCAAACUUUCUCCUUAUCGACCCAACAUACGUGCUACGUGAUAGAAAAACCCAGAAUACUUCAUCACCCUAGAAAUCAAAGGUAGUGAAUUAAGAACUUACCUUUCUCUGAAAUGGACGCCCUUGGAAAGAGCUUACCUAUUGUCACUGGCAUUGGUAUUGUGGUUUUUACUGCUGUUGCUGCAAAGUUAUAUUUCAACUGGCUCCAACCAAAAGAAAAAUCUGCCAAACAGAAGGAAUUAAAGACACUACUUGAUCCUCAAACAAAAUAUCCUUUAAAAUUGAUUGAACGCCAUGUAAUCAACCAUGACACCAGGAGAUUCAGGUUUGCCCUCCCUUCUCCACAACAUGUUCUUGGUCUUCCUGUUGGUCAGCAUGUCUAUUUAUCAGCAAGAGUCAAUGACCAGCUGGUAAUUCGCGCUUAUACCCCUGUAUCGUGUGAUGAGGAAAAGGGAUAUUUCGAUUUAGUCGUGAAGGUUUAUUUCAAAGAUGUUAAUCCGAAAUUCCCGGAUGGAGGAAAAUUAACACAAUAUUUAGAAAACCUUGCCAUCGGAGAAUCCAUUGACGUCCGAGGUCCAUCUGGGUUGUUGGUACACCAAGGCCCAGGAUUGUUUGCCAUAAAGCCGGAUAAAAAAUCACCUUCUUUUAAUAUGGGUUUCAAAAAACUUAAUAUGAUCGCAGGUGGAACUGGAAUUACACCUAUGUUGCAACUAAUUCGGCAGAUUUUAAAGAAUCCGGCAGACUCUACAUGCGUGGCUCUUUUAUACGCCAACCAAACCGAAUCUGAUAUUCUAUUGCGCGAAGAAUUAGAAGAAGCUGCUUCUCAACACCCCGAUCGACUUCGACUCUGGUAUACUGUCGAUCGACCUACUGACGGUUGGAAAUAUAGCUCGGGAUUUGUGUCAGCUGAAAUGAUAGCCACCCAUUUGUAUCCCCCUGCUGAUGACACUUUCGUUGUUAUGUGUGGUCCCCCUCCGAUGAUUAACUUUGCAUGCAUUCCAAAUAUGGACAAAUUAGGAUACUCAGCAAAAUUGAGAUUUGCUUACUAGAAGAAACCUGCAACGACAGUUAUCGCAUUUAAAAUCCGUGAUGUAUAUUUGCGGAACAACAUAGUAAGCAAUACAAGUUUUUCCUAGUGAGA